AUGGAUAUGGUUCAUUUGUUGUCACUGUAUCGCGGAAUGAAUACGAGUCAUUUGACCGUUGAUGAACUCGAACAUGAGCUGAAGAUCCGCGACAUCCCAUUUGAUUCAUCGCGCAGCGGAGCCGAACGUGCGUUGCGUAAUCGCCUAAAAGAAGAGAGAGAAUUGAAACAUGUUGAGUAUGAGUUAAUGAAUGGUUCAGUGUUGGAUGAAUUGGAAACGUGUGAGUUGAAAGUGAGUGAGAUUAAGUCCCACUUGGAAAACCGGAAAUCCAAGCAAGCACCAGAACAGUCAUUCAAGACUAGGAUUCUGCAUUGCGUUUUCCGCUUGGAACGUUUGAGAACAUACACCACCAAGGAUGAUGAACUGAAUUCAUUAGCAGAAACAGCUCGAGCGUGUAUGAAGCUGCUAAAUACUUUCUUUUCUAUUUCUUCACAUUUGCCCGAAGUACGUGAAGCAGAGUUAGCACUCAUUAACCAGAGUCUAACGGAAAUAAUGAAGAAGCAGGAUGCGGAAAAAGGAAAUGGAAAAGGAGCGGAAGAAGAUAAUGAAUCUUGGAAUAGUACUGAAGAGAAUAAUGGAGAGGAAAUUGCUGGAAUUGUUGGUGAAACUGGAUCUGUUAGUGGAAAUGGUAAGGGAAAUGGUAGUGGAGUUGGUAGUGGAGUUGGUAGUGGUGAUGGAAAAAGUGUUGGAAAACCUGGUGACGUGGAAAGAGCUGAAUUUGAACAGUGGAAAGAACAAAAAGUAGAACUGAUUAACGUGGUCAACAAGUUGUUGGAACACAUUCAAGUUCUAGAAGCGAAACAGGCUGAGAAAGAGGUGGAGAAAGAAAAACCGGAAGUACAGGCCAAGCCAGCCAACAGUACGCAACUUGGAGUAGACGCGAAUAAGGGCAAAAAGGACGAGAGUAAAAGCCAGCAGAAUCCAGGAGAUUUUCUCGCGUGGCUCAACCAAAGAAAUAGUUCAUUGGGAAGCUUCGGUAACUCAGAGAAUGAACAUAACAAACCAGAUGAAGUUCAUUCCGGCAAGGAUGAACCGAAGGAAAAGAAAACCGGAUUUGGUAGGAGUUUACCGGUGCAUAAGUGGACGGUUCGUUAUGACGGGAUGGACAACGGGAGGAAACUGAACGAGUUUUUGAAAGAGGUGGAGUUCAACGCUCGUUCAGAGAACAUUUCUGAGUCUGAGUUGUUCCAGUGUGCGCAUCAUUUGUUCACGAGGAAAGCACGUUCUUGGUUCAUGGAAGUGAACGGAAAUAAUGAACUGGGUUCAUGGAAGAAGUUGGUGGAUGAAUUGAAGAGUGAAUUCUUGCCGAUCGACAUCGAUUACGUCUAUGAGCGGCAGGCCAACAAUCGCAAGCAAAUGUCCAGGGAGAAGUUCCAGGACUAUUACUUGGACAUGGUCCGGAUCUUCCGCUGUAUGACGAAUCCGUGGGAUGAGAAACGGAAGUUUGACGUUCUCUUCCGCAAUACUCGCGAGGACUGCCAAAUAGCGAUGCUAGCCGCAGAAAUCAAGACGAUUCCAUCGAUGAAAGAAUUCGGUAAGCGAUUCGACUCUGUCAAUUGGAAGCUGUAUCAGAAGGGAGAAAGGUACACGCCGCGAUCAGCGCACGUGGAGGAGGUGCAAACACAGCGGUCGUCGUACCAGAACACCGGAAAUAGGUACCAGAACUCGAAUCGUUUCCAGGGUGGAAACCGAUCGCAGGGUGGUUACCAACAACAAAAUCAGAACCAACAAAACCGUCCGUACUACAAGAAGAACAACAGCAACGGAAACUACAAUCAGAAAAGCUCGUGGAAGCCAGAACAGCAGAGACAGCAGAGCAACGGAAAUCAGAAGGAGAACAAACCAAGGGUUGACGAGAGGGCUCAACCGAAACCGAACACCCAGAAUCGCGAGAACAGCACUGCUGCAGGUUCGAGUGGAACCAGUGCCUUACAGCGGAUCGUGAAGGCGUACAUUCCGGUCAAACGGGAUAUUUGCUUCAAUUGUCACGUUGCAGGUCAUGGCCACGAGGAAUGCCGGCAGGAGAGGAGCGUGUUCUGCGUGCGGUGUGGUUUUCCGGGUUUUUCUACGAAAGAUUGCCCGUACUGCGAAGCAAAAAACAUGCAAAAGACUGCUCAGUGAGGCGAGUCAGUCUCACGGGAAGCUCCAGAAGACCUCACGAAGAUACCGAAGCGUCGGAAGCACUCCAACAGCUAGGAUAUUCGAGGGUUGAUGGAGAGAAGAAAGAAGAAGAUGCUGAAGUGGCAACGAUGCUUGUUACAGUGAGCAAC